GCAAACCCAUCUCGAGCGGCGCGAUGGAGAAGGAGUUCUACGCCGCGGCGGCGCAGCUCGUGGACGCGCACAUCGUCGCGCAGGCGCAGCAGGUGGCGUCGAGCAACGCGGCGCCGGCGCGGCGCCUCGUGGAGAGCAAGAAGCUCCCCGAGGCCGGCUGGCGCGAGGAGGACAUCGAGGCGCUGCUGCGCAACUGCGCGGCCAUGGACUCGAACAAUUUUGGGAACAACGUCGGCGUCGGCGAGCGCGAGGCGCGCGUGAUCAGCCCGCUCGUGCGGCGGCGCCACUUUGGGCUCGCGCACGGCGUCGGCCGGAGCGGCGACAUCGCCGCGGUGCAGCCCAAGGCCGCCGGGUCGAGCCUGCUCGCGAAGCUCAGCAACCACCUCGCGCUCGACGCGCUCAGGGAGGCGGGCAACACGGAGUUCACGGCCGCGCUCGUGCUGCCCUGCGCGACGGGCCUCUCGCUCGCGCUCUGCCUCCUCUCCGUGCGGAACCGUCCCGGCAACGCGUCGAAGAAGAAGGUGCUCUGGUGCCGCAUCGACCAGAAGAGCUGCUUCAAGGGCAUCCUGCUCGCGGGCCUCGAGCCCGUCGUCGUGAGCCCGACGCGCGACCGCGGCGUCGGCGGGCUCGGCGACGAGCUCCUCACGGACCUCCCCGCCCUCGAGGCGCGGCUCGACGCGCUGGGCGACGACGUGCUCGCGGUCGUGACGACGACGAGCUGCUUCGCGCCGCGCGCGCCGGGGCAGGAAACGAGUGAUUCAAGUUCGCUUCAACAUGAGCGCGCGCCCGACGACGUCGCGGCCGUCGCGCGGCUCUGCGCGGCCCGCGAGGUCGCCCACGUCGUCAACAACGCCUACGGCGUCCAGUGCGCGCGGAGCUCCGCGACGCUGAGCCGCGCGUGCCGCGUCGGCCGCGUGGACCUCGUCGUCCAGUCGACGGACAAGAACUUCCUCGUGCCCGUCGGCGGCGCCGUCGUCGCGUCGCCCGACGCGGCUCUGGUCGCGGAGGUCGGCCGGGGCUACCCGGGCCGCGCGUCGGCGACGCCGUCCCAGGACCUGCUCGUGACGCUCCUGGGGCUCGGCCGGCGAGGGUGGCGCGAUUUGCUCGACGGCCGCGAGGCGCUGCUGGACGCUUUCGGGGCCAAGCUCCGCGCGCUCGCGGCGAAGCACGGCGAGCGCGUGCUGGAGACGCCCCACAACCGCAUCUCCUUCGGCGUCACGCUCGAGCGCCUCGCGGCCGCGGCCGCGGAGCUCCAGCGCGCCGAGGGCGCGGACGACGCGGCCGCGGCGCGCCGGCUCGCCAACGACAAGGUCACCAAGUUCGGCUCCAUGCUCUUCACGCGCUGCGUCUCCGGCACGCGCGUCGUCGCGCCGGGCAAGACCCAGGUCAUCGGGCCCGAGACGUUCCGCGGCUUCGGCGCGUCCGCGGACGACUACCCCGUGCCCUACUUCACCGUGGCCGUCGCGCUCGGCGUCGCGCCCGAGGAGCUCGACGACUUCCUCGGCCGCCUCGACAAGACGUUCCUCCACUUCCACAAGCAGAUCGGCAAGGGCAUGCAGACCGCGCGGCAGGACGCCGCGGCGCCGACGUGCGCGUGAGUGGGGUUUUUAGUCCCCGGCGAGCGUCGCGCGCAUCCGGAUUUCGGGGAGCGUGCCGAAGAGCAGGCCGCCGUCCUCGACGACGACGCCGUAGCCGGCGACGUUCAGGCACGUCGUCGCGAAGACGACGGUGCCCAACAGAGCGACCGCGCCGUCGAGGGCGCCGUAGAGCGCGGUCUCCGCCCUUUGCAUGCCGUCGUCGGCCCGCGCGGUUUCCGCUUGUUUCAUGCCGUCGUCGGGCCGCGGCAUCGCCCGCGAGCACGCGGCCAGUCGCCGCUCCGCGUACUCGAUGUGCGAGAAGGGCGCCUCCUCGACGUCCGGCAGCGAGCAGACGGCCCACAGCCCCCAGACCGCGUGCGCCAGCGGCAGCGCCGCGGCGAUUUCCGCCUCGACGGCCGCCGCGCCCGCCCCCGUCGCGGCGCAGUACGCCUCG